AUGAUCGGUCAGAACGUUGCUCGCGCUUCCCGAAGCGGCCUCCGUGCUGCCAACCUCCUUGGCCGUCGAACCAUGGUCACCCAGGAGGAGCGAUGGACUCUCGAGAACGCACGCAACGCAGGUGCCUUCAUCGAGGGCCCCAACAAGGUCCAGCUCAGCCACGUCGUCCCCAACAUCGAGGCAAGCUGGAAGGGCCUUUCCAAAGAGGAGCAGUAUGGUGUUUUCCGUCAAUUGGAGGAGCUCCAGAGGAAAGACUGGAAGGAGCUCAGCGUCGAUGAGAAGAAGGCUGCCACGAUGCCAACUGUACGCAGAACGGCUUUCCCGACUUGCUCGUUCCACACGUCUUCGGAUGCACCGACUGCGUCAUCUACGCCGUCGUCCAUCGACGAGAGCCGUCAGGUCGUGUUUCCCUUCUGUCCCUGUCUCACUGCGGUCGAUAGGAGCAUCGAAGGUACUCUACGUCACAACCUUUGGCUAAUCCCAUCGUUCUAUCUUGUCCGACCUGAAUCAUCUAAACACACAGCUUACUUCGUCUCGUUCGGUCCUCACGGUCCCCGAAAGCCCAUCACUGCCUCCGGUCAGGGUGCCAAGACCUUUGCCGGUGUUGUUGCCGCCCUCGGUGUUACCACGGGUGUCUACUACCUCAUGCGCGCAAACGGUGGCGCUCCCGUCAAGACCAUGACCAAGGAGUGGCAAGAGGCCUCCAACGAGAUCGCCCUCGAACAGAAGCAGAACCCCAUCACCGGUAUCUCCAGCGACAACUACAAGGGCAAGGGUCACGUUCAGUCCGCAUAA